UCCAGCUUGGGUUACAGAGUGAGACACCAUCUAAAAAAUAAAAAAUUUAAAAAAUUAAAAAAAAAAAAAGCUUUCCGUGCUGAUAGCACACACGCAAGCCUGGUUAACGUUCCUAAAAUCCGCCGGACUUUCUGUAAGAAGUGUGGCAAGCACCAACCCCAUAAAGCGACACAGUACAAGAAGGGCAAGGAUUAUCUGUAUGCCCAUGGAAAGCGGCGUUAUGACAGGAAGCAGAGUGGCUAUGGUGGGCAAACCAAGUUGAUUUUCCAGAAAAAGGCUAAAGCCACAAAGAAGAUUGUCCUAAGGCUUGAGUGCGUUGAGCCCAACUGCAGAUCUAAGAGAAUGCUGCCUAUUAAAAGAUGCAAGCAUUUUGAACUGGGAGGAGAUAAUAAGAGAAAGGGCCAAGUGAUCCAGUUCUAAGCGUCAUCUUUUAUUACGAAGACAAUAAAAUCUUGAGUUUAUGUUCAAAAAAAAGAAAAGAAAAGAAAAAAGAAAAAACUAUAUAUAUUCAACGAACAUCAUUGAUCAAAUUCUUCCUAGUGUAUAGGCUAAUUAUUUUAUGAGAAAAUGUUUUUUAUAUUUGGUUUCUCAUGGCAUGAACCAAAAAGUUAUUCUAAAGUAUAAGAAUGACUGAUGCCUUAGUGAAUUAUGGGACUUUGAGAUAAUAUAAUAAUUUAUAGCCAAUUUAAAAUAUUUGCUGUUUACUUUCCUUAAAUGAAAAUUAUUGGCCAGGCAUGGUGGCUCACACCUAUAAUCCCAGCACUUUGGGAAGCUGAGGUGAUUAGUUGAGCCCAGGAGUUCGAGACCAGCCUGGGCAACAUAAUGAGACCUGCUCUCUACAAAACAUUUGAAAAAUUAGCCAGGUGUGGUGGCAUGUGGCCAUAGUCCCAGCUACUCUGGCGGCUGAGGUGGGAGAAUUGCUUUAGCCCAGGAGUUUGAGGCUGCAGUGAGCUGAGACUGCACCACUUCAGCCUGGGUGAUGGAGCAAGACCAUGACUCAAAAAAACAAAAAAAAAAAAAAAAAAAGAAAGAAAGAAAGAAAAAGAAAAAAAGAAAAACAGUUAAUGGAACAAUAAAAUAUUAAUAUUGAUACAAAUAUUUUGAUAUGAAUUAGGGCACUCCAUUUUUCUCAAUCUUCAAAUUAGUUCUUUCUAGAUAUAAAUAUGUAUUAACUGAGGUCACUUAGAAAUUUUGGGUCAAAAUAUUAACAGCCAAAUUAACUUUGUAAUUAUAUCAGUUUUGUUGCCUAUGUGAAAUUUAAAUUUUGUCACAGCCUCUUAACAAAUUACUACUAAUUUCUAAUUUAACUUGUGACUUUAUAGAUCAUUCAUAUGCUG